CAUAAACCUCCACCGCCAUCAAAGUUGCCACACCCAGCUCUCCUCGCGACUUAGAGGACGCAUUCGGCUUCACAGCAUCUCACCUAUGCUCUCCUUCACCAAUAAACUCACUAUACCAAUCAAAGGUGUCUUCAAAUGAAGCCGCUUGUGCUUGACUUGGCAACCCUCACCAGGGUACCUUGACUCGUUGAGUCAUUGGACAAUCCUCACUCACACUCUGUCACCGUCAGCGAUUCUAACUCAUUACCUGAGGAACCGUAAAAAUGGGUGUCCAAGGGCUCUGGACUGUGGUGCAGCCGUGUGCGCGGCCCACAAACCUAUCAACGCUGAACCGCAAGCGCCUCGCCAUUGAUGCUUCCAUCUGGAUAUACCAGUUCCUCAAGGCAGUCCGCGACAAAGAGGGCAACGCCUUGCGCAACAGCCAUGUUGUCGGCUUCUUUCGCCGCAUUUGCAAACUCUUGUGGUACGGUGUAAACCCCGUUUUCGUCUUUGACGGUGGUGCUCCCGCCUUGAAACGCGCCACGCUCCAAGGCCGCCGCAGACGCCGUGAGGGCCGCCGUGAGGAUGCCGUGCGCACCGCUGGAAAGCUUCUCGCCGUCCAGAUGCAGCGCAUUGCCGAAGAGGAGGAAGAGAAGCGCAAGAGGCGUGAGGAAGCUGCGUCAAGUGCCGCCGCAAGAGAAGUCGAAGAGGAGCAGGAAGAUUUACCCAGCAUGGAUCAGAUAGUGUAUGCGGAUGAGCUCGGCAUGUCAAAGCAGGAACGCCAGAGGAGCCGGCGUUUUCACAAACAAGAUGCUUAUCAUCUGCCCGAGCUGGAAAAUGGCAUCGAAGCCAUGGGCAAGCCAAAUGACCCUCGCAUCAUGAGCAUUGAUGAGCUCGAGGAAUACGCGAGACAGUUCAACGACGGCGAGGACAUUAAUCUCUACGACUUUAGCAAGAUUGACUUUGAUGGAGAAUUCUUCAAGAGCCUACCGCCCGCUGAUCGUUACAACAUCCUGAACGCUGCUAGGUUGCGGAGCCGCCUGAGAAUGGGUCUGAGCAAAGACCAGCUGGACCAUAUGUUUCCGGACCGUAUGGCCUUCUCGAGGUUCCAGAUUGAGAGAGUCAAGGAGAGAAAUCACCUGACACAGCGUCUCAUGUAUGAAAUGGGAAUGGCUGGCACUGACUUGACAAUUGGCGUGAACCGCGUUGCCGGGGAAAGGGAUCGGGAGUAUAUCCUAGUCAAGAAUGAGGGCGCCGAAGGAGGUUGGGCUCUCGGUGUUGUCAGCAAGGAGAAGGACAGGGGCCAGAUACACAAGCCCAUCGAUGUUGACGCACUCGAGUUCCAAUAUCAAGGGAAGGACGACGAGGAUGAGUGGGAGGACGAGGAGUUUGAGGACAUCCCCAUCGAGGGCUUGAACAGGCUGCCAAAGCCCCGUCUUGGUAACAACAAUGCCUACCAACAAGCACAGGGCCUAGACUCUGCCCGACAGCAGUUUUACGAUUCUCGGCAAACGGAAGGAGAUGCACCAGAGGAGUCGCUGUUCGUUGAGAAUGAGAACGACACUGACCUUCAAGGGGAAGACGAUUCCCUCCAAGCCGACGAAAGAGAGGACUUGAACCGCGCCAUCGCACUGUCGCUACAAAAUCAGCACGGUGUUGGGCUUCAAGAUAGAAACGACGAUGAAGAAGAACCUGACACUGCAGCAACGCCGAAGUGGAGGCAGAAGGCUGUGGAGGCUGCAAAGCCCAUCACUAGCGCUAGCGGGAGGAUGGUUGCGCAUAUCGUAAACAACAGAGCAAAUGCCGCUGUGCCAAGGCGCCGGAAUAGUGAAAGCAGCGACAGCGAUGUCGAUUUUCAGUCAGCUUUGGCGGCCGCUAGAAAGAAGCAGCCGAAACCACAACCAGCAUCCGUCAAAGCCAACGUCAAGAAUCCAUUUGACGGGCCGCUUCCGUUUGAAAAGCUCGACUGGCGUGGCAUGUUUGGUGGCAAGGUAACGUCCACAACAGAGCGGCGAGAAAACCCUCCGGAAGCCCAGACCGGUGAGCUAGAAGCUGUCUCUGAUGAUGAGGCUGGCGGGUUUGUGAGAGAAUCAGAGGUUGAUGAUCUGCCAAAGAAAGACGAUAAACCUCUCCCAUUACCGCCGUGGCUAACAGACACGUCGGAUAUUCGGGAAUCCGUGAGGAAACAACAAGAGGUAGACAGGCUGAUGAACGAAGCGGAUGAGGAGAUGGUUAUGGGAGAGGAUCUCCACUUAGGUCAGCGACAAGAGGAUGGCAUUAUCGAGAUUGAGUCGGAGAGUGGUGACGACAGCGAUAUUGAAAUCAUCGACGCGCCUCCCGCAGCAAAGCCCCACUCCAAUGAACGGCCAGGAGCCAGCCUUCCCUCUAUGGAGGACGAUAUCGUCAAGCCCGCUCCGGAGCAAGCGAGGGCGGUCGUCACCGAAACCCCAGACGGAGGUAUGGAUAUCAGUACCAAGCCACGCACGCCCGCUCAAAAAUCUCUAGAUCUAGAGACACCCAAUGGACUCAAGGGUCAGUCGGUAGGAAUGAACCCGGGUCCGGAAGACAUGGAGGAGGAAGAUGUGGAGUUUGAGGACGUGGUUCUGCCCGCUCAAACCGGAGCCUCCGAAGAAGCUGUCAAUGGCGAACAGAUGUCUGAAGCUGCUCGCAUUGAGGCCGAGCUUUACGGCGACGGCACACCGCCACCUGCGCAGCAGACAAGAAUCGAAGGGUUUGCAAUGCACCACGAAGACUCGAUUAUCGACCCGGACGCCCCGGGUCCCGAAGAAUUUGAUGAGUUCAGCGACCCAGAGGAAGAGGAACUCCUGGCACAGAUGGCCGAAGAAGCCGAAGAACACGCCCGUUUCGCGAGCCAACUAAACAAUAAGUCUCAACGCGAGAAUCAAGACGCUUAUGAGAAAGAACUACGCGCCCUUCGCAACCAACAAAAGAAAGACCGCCGUGACGCCGACGAGGUCACGCAGAUCAUGGUAAGCGAGUGCCAGGCUCUCCUGCGCCUCUUCGGCAUUCCGUACAUAACGGCACCCAUGGAAGCCGAGGCACAAUGCGCCGAGUUAGUGCGCUUGAACCUCGUCGAUGGCAUUGUCACUGACGACUCUGACAUCUUCCUUUUUGGCGGCACACGCGUCUAUAAGAACAUGUUCAACAGCAACAAGUUUGUCGAGUGCUACCUCGCCCAGGAUCUCGAGACUGAGCUCUCCCUCUCACGAGAGCAGCUCAUCUCUCUUGCCCAGCUGCUCGGAUCCGAUUACACCGAGGGCAUCCCCGGCGUGGGACCUGUUACCGCCGUGGAGAUUUUGUCGGAAUUCCCCGGCAAAGACGGCCUCGCCGCUUUCAAGGACUGGUGGCAAGACGUGCAGAACCGCGGCCGUCCUAAGGAGGCGGACGCGGACUCGCCGUUCCGCAGAAAGUUCCGCAAGGCCCAUGCCACGAAGCUGUUCUUGCCCGUAGGGUUCCCCAGUCCUGCCGUGUUUGAUGCCUACCUUCAUCCUGAAGUGGACAGCGAUCCUGAGCCUUUCCAGUGGGGCGUUCCGGAUUUGGAAGGUUUGAGACAAUUCCUCAUGACCACCAUCGGGUGGAGCCAGGAACGCACGGAUGAGGUUCUCGUGCCCGUCAUCAAGGACAUGAAUCGCCGCGAGGUGGAGGGGACACAGAGUAAUAUUACCAGGUACUUCCAGGGAAGUGUGGGGGUAGGGGCAAAGGAGGCAUUUGCGCCUCGGCAGAGGGGGCUUAAGGGGAGUAAGAGGAUGGCGGACGCGGUCAGUAGGCUGCGGGCGAAGACGGGCGAGGGUGCGGGGGCCCGGGGUUCAUCCGCCGUUGGAGCAUCUGGGGAGUCGGAGAAGGUGAGGAGAAAACGGAAAACAAGGGGCACGGUUGCUGCUUCUGACGAGGAGGAGAGGGAAGAGGAGAACGAGAAUGGUGAAGGAGAUGAGGGUGAAGCGGAUCCGGAUGUUGUAAGUGCGAAGGGAAAGGGCAAGAGGAAGAGAGCUAGCGGUGCCCCUGCUAGGGGCAAGAAAUCGAAGUCGUAGAGCUCAGCUAGUGUAUCAUUGGGGGAUUACGGUCAAGCCUGCACUUAACACACUUCACCCGUCUCAAAUGGUCCGACCCGCCAAUGGGCUCUUUCCUUUCUGGCCACGAGUCAAACACCAAUAUUCAUCUGGAUCUGUUGUUCCUCGACGACCUGACGUUGAAAGUUUGUUCUCGCCGUAUAUCUAUUGUUUCAACCUCGUCCUGAAUCAGUCAACUGAAGCAGGCAAGAAGUCGCUGGGUUGAACCUUAACCUGUAACACUUCGAC